AUGAUUCUCUCUCUCUCUCUCAAACCGACCAAACCAAUUCAAACUCUCUCUCAAAGUCUGCUCUCUCUCAAACUCUCUCAAACUCUCUCAAACUCUCUCAAACUCUGCUCUCUCUCAAACUCUCUCAAACUCUCUCAAACGUCUCUCUCUCUCUCUCAAACGGCUCAGGGGCACAGCCUCACCUGGGCCGCCAGUGAUGGCGCAUCGGGUUUGACCGGCCUUUGUGAACCCGGUGCCGGGAUCAAGCUGUGUCACGCUGAUUUGGCCGUCUACGAACUGCCAGGCUGCAACGUCGCCAACUCUUUGACGCUAUUGCCCGAUCACGUCUGCACCAGCGCCAUCGUGCCCUUUGACCACCACCACGCCCUUUUUCACGCUUGCACAGACGCUAGCGAAUGCGCCGACGGCAUGUACUGCGCUACUGAGUGCUUUCAAGGGGUAUGCGGCAACGGCAACCCCGCCCUGGCCGCCAAUACCUCCUUUUGCCAGCUCUGCUCCAACCUGGAUGCCGACCAGAUUGUUCCAGCAUGUCAAAACAAAGCCCUUCCCCACGCGCUGGCCACAGCGUCAGAGCAAGUAGCCGAACAACCCUUGAACUUGGUGUUUCAGGGCUCUGCCUCAGAUGCUAGGCUCACAUCAGACCACUUUAUCAACGAACAAACAAACUCAACCAUGGGCAACGCGACCCACGAUGACCUGCUGUACUUUCCCGCCCCACCCUCGGCAGAGUCCUACGUCAUUCAAGUGGACACCAGGCUCGAGGCUAUGAGCCUUACGCUUGGCCCCGGCGUUCGACUUCAACUGCACCAAUCCGUCUCCCUGUCUCUGAGUGAAAAAACGCACCUAUGCGUUGCUGAUCGCACCGUUACCGAGGAGCCCAGCAGUUGUGCUGGCAGAUGCCCUGCAAACUGUCUGAGCUGCGAGCUCUCGGGCGAAGACGACUUUCGUUGGGUUGCCUACGGUCGUCGCUUCUACAAUCCCGUCUAUACCUUGAACAGCCGCGGCCAGAACACUCGUACCGAGUGUGAGAACCUGUGCCGCUUCACCGCCCUCGGCAAGUGCUUUGGCUACGACUAUGACCCAUCCGAGGACGUUUGCAACUAUUACGUUGGCUAUCUGCCUUCGCUCGAUGACGCCAGCGUCAUUGAGGCAGGCGAUACCUUUGGCAUGUAUCUACGCCCAUCCUGCCGUCUGUGCGCCCCUGGAACAGUCUUCGACCCCUAUUCUGGAUCUUGCGAAUAUGACAGCAUCCCACCCACCUUUCUUGCAACCACUGAUCAAGUGGUCGAAGCCAUCGUUACGGAAGGAUUUGUUCAGCAAGCCACUGACAACAUGACCCUCUUUACCAGCUACAUACAAGUUCGCGCCUCGGGCCUGGGUCUGCCUCAGCUGACGCUGCAGCACUCUGAGGAUGAAACAACAGCGCCGUUGGUGACCACCCUCACGCCCACAGCAGUGGAGGGUCGCUUUCUAUUUCAGGCUUCUUUGCCCAGCCUCGGGACUGCACUUCGCGCUCGGGCAAUUGACAAGUAUUAUGCAGGUCGCACCGUUGAGAUCGUCUUGAGUGUCAAUCUCAUCCGUUUUGUGCGACUAAUCCGCCGUGUCCACAGCUACGCGUACCCUCUCUUCAAUGUCCUGCCUCAAGCUCCGCAUCAAGUCUCUGUUCUUGGCCUACCACCUAGCAUGAAUGCCACGGCCCGCCUAUCGGCCUCGAGCGACCCCAUCUUUGCGAUGGUGACGGGUGGCAUCGUGGAGCUCGAUGCUCGCCAAGAACCUUACAUCUUUGAAUUUGUUUACACGCAUCCACGACUGCGUGGCAGCCUCUCUUGUGAACGUGCAAUAACGGUCCGCCAAGGUUUUGCUCUGGCCUCUACCGUCAUUGAUCGAUUGGCGUCAGCGCAUGCCCAAUACGACAUUUUGGUUGCGCCAGAUGAACUCAGCUCCGCGACACCAGACCUACCUUCCUUCACUGGCGAUCUGUUUGAGAAUGAUGCACUCAACUUUGGUAUCGUGAACGCUCACGGAGGGCAAAAUGUCCCCUUCACGCUGGAUCUUUCGAAAUUUGCAACCAGUGCCAACUUGACCUGGUCCAUGACCUGGUGUGCCAGCACCUUUAUGGGCGAACCGACCUACACCAUUCCUGGCAACGUGACGGUCACGUUGAGCAUGAUCGAUGGCGUGUCCACACUGGGUGUGGCUAGCAUGUGGCUCUCUACUGGGGGAGAGUGCCUGUAUUCAACGGGCACGCUACCUUUUACUCUUGGCCUUGAAGCAGCUGACCUGGCGGCUGGCCUGAACGUUUCCAGCUACGCGCUCUCCGCCAUCAACUUUCGCUUUGAACCUGCGUCGCUGCCAGGCGCCGUGCAAGGUUUUUCUUUUGCCACACGUGGUCAGGAUCGCCUGAUGCUGGUGUUCAACGACCCAUCUCAAGCCAGUCGGCUCUCCAACGUGGAUAACGUCGCCCCGAAGCUCUUCAACUGCCCCCAAUCCAGCGAACUUUUGUCCGCAAUUCGUGCUGCCUUUGGGCUAGCCAGCACGGAUGCUGCUCGCCUCCCGCUGGGCGUGGACCAACCAAUCGCGGAUGCGAGUCAGCCGUUGCCCAACUCGAGCUUCUCUGUCUAUGGCUCGCCUUAUUUUUUUGGAUAUAGCGCGCAGGAUUCGGCCGGCAACAUCGCUCUUCAGCCUUGCUCCUUUGAGCUGCCAAUCCAACAGUAUGAGAGCACAGCCACAACCGUGACCUUUCCAACUCGAACACUUCAGCCAGCAAUGUUUGUGCAAACAGUCACGCCAAGCUUUGAACACCUGAAGAUCAAAACUUUUACUCUGCUCGAUACGACGGCCGCGGGCGUGUCCGUCGGCAGCACAACAAACAAAAUGUCAUGGCGGGUACAGAUCGCCAACGGCGAACAUGGUGUCCAUGUCCGUCGACGCAGUGAUGCGCUUUCCAUGCAGUUUUACCUGCAGUUGGCUGUUGACGAGUAUUCGGCCACUUCGCUGGAAUUGGCUCCCGAGCAAGAUGAGGCCCCAGACUAUCGUCGGCGUAGCGCCAGCGUUCCGGCCGUGGUAGAGAUUGCCUUUGCAGGCGUUACACGUCCAGAUGGAGCAGAAUCUGACUUUUUGGCCGAUCGCUGGUACAAGCUUGAGAGCGCGUCCAUCGCGUAUCAGAAUGGUCGUGAGGUGAUCUCUGGCUACAGUCCUAAAAUGGACCACGAUUUCGUGUUUGAGGCCAUGAUCAUUCGUGUACAGUUUCCACAAACCCGAACGGCCAUCAUGCCCACCGCUUCUGCCGCGCUGCAGUUCAAGCUUCGCUACACGCUUCACACCAGCGACCCCAACAACGCAGCGCUUGCCGAGCUAACUGAGUACGAUCCCGACCCUCCAACUAUGGAGAGUCAACUGCUGAAUAACGGCCUCACGACUAUCGCCACUCUGCCCAACGCAAGCUAUGCCGUGCUCAACAUUGCUCAAGACGGAAUUUUAGCUCGAUUCUUUGUCAAUGGUGUGCUCUUUGCUUUCCAGGAUGAUUCCCCUAUCGUGGAUGUGGCCUUCUCUCCGGGCAAUGGUGCUGCGCUCAACCUGUCGGCAAGCCCUUUCACGGUGACGGUGACGGCCAUGGAUGAUGACCUAAAUCUGGCCACGGAAACCUUUCAGCUAGCGGUGUAUGAUCCGCAAACCCCCAUGUUCUUGGAACCAUGCCCAAGGACCGUGGUGUUGCAAGUCCCACCCAAUGCGUCCGACGGCCAAGUCGAGGUUCACAAUCCUGAUGAGCUGGCGCCCCCGUUGUCAUCGACCUGGGACAAUGCCGGAGUUGUGACUCGCACCGUCCAGGGUCUUCAAAACCGAUAUCGACUGUCAGACACCGGCGCCAUGGUGACGACAACGAUUGAGGACGCCGCUGGCAAUUCGGCCAUGUGCAACAUCACCGUCGAUGUGAGAGACAUCACCCCUCCAGUUGUCGUCUGCCCCGACUCAUCCGUGGAUCUACUCGUGGAGGCAGACUCCGCCGAAGUCGAUCUGCACCGCGAAGUCUCUGUGACCGACAAUUCGGGCACGACGGUUGUGCCGGUGUUCAACUUCAGUUCAUCGACGUUCGUGGCCAACAACGGUGCCAUUGUCUUUAUUAUCAUCAUCGCUGCCGUCAUUCUUGUGGUCGUUAUGCGCGCGCGAGCCAAUCGUGCAGCUGAUUUUGCCGUACUCAAGGCACGUCUUGAGCAGGAUUCAAACCUGCAGCUUUCCAAGGAGCCGCGCGAGCUUAAUCGCGAGUGGCUCAUCGUCCUCAGCGAGCUGGGUCAAGGCGCCUUUGGCAUCGUCUAUGAGGCCUCUCUCAGUGAGCCCAAGGCCCCAGAAAUCCAGGUUGCCGCCAAAUCCCUCCGCAAAGACGCUAUGGACAACGAGCGGGAGGAACUGCUUGAGGAGGCCUUGGUCAUGGCACAGAUGGAGCAUGCCAAUGUGGUGGGCCUCAUUGGUGUCAUCACCAAGGGCCGCCCCAUCUACGUGGUCCUGGAGCACAUGCGCAACGGGUCUCUGAAGGACUACGUGAUGAACAAGACGUGUACACCGGCCCAGCAAGUGACCUGGAGCCGCCAGGUGGCCAGCGGCAUGGCCCACAUCCACUCGCUCGGUUUUAUUCACCGCGAUCUGGCUGCGCGCAACGUGCUGUUGUCGGCAUCGCUGACGGCCAAGGUGGCCGAUUUUGGUUUGGCCCGUGAGAGCACGGAUGAUGCCUACUAUCGCUCGCGGGGUGGCAAUGUACCUGUGCGCUGGACCGCCCCCGAGGCGCUGGAAGAUAACAUUUUCAGCGAGAAGAGCGAUGUGUGGGCCUUUGGUGUGCUGAUGUAUGAGGUGUAUACCAAGGCGGCUAUGCCAUACACCGGUUGGAACAACCAACGCGUGUGGAUCGAGGUGACCAACGGUUUUCGGCUUCCUUGCCCAGCGGAUUGCCCCCUGCCGGUCUUCAAGAUCAUGUCCAUGUGUUGGUUGCAUGAUCGUCACGAGCGCCCAAGCUUUGAGACGCUGGUCAAGGCUCUAGCGGCGCUGGAGACUGAUUCGGACAUGUCCAGCCUCUUCCAAAGCAACUACAUUGAAGUGGAUGACGCCUCCGAGCCCGAAACGGACGAAGUUUAUGGCAACGAGGGAAAUGUGUCGGCACCUGUUCUCACACGCCGACUGGCUACGGCGAGUGACGUGGGCAGCCGCGUCGAUGUCGUGGGCUAUGGCAUGGGCACGCUACGCUACUUUGGCCCGCACAAAGUCAAGCGUUCGCCUCGGUGCGGGGUGGAGCUUGAUGACGCCGUGGGCAACAACAAUGGCACUGUGGGAGAGCAUGAGUACUUUGAUUGCGCUGACCAACAUGGUGUUUUGGUGAUUCCUGGCAAGGUCUUCGUGGUAGUGGAAGCCUCAGCUGCUCGGGCUGGUGCGGACCUCUACGACAUGGGAGCCGCGGACACGGGGAAAGCGCAGGAAGCUGACAGCGAGGCGCAGCAAUUGUAUGAUAUGGGCAAUGUUGGCGAGACAAACACAAGCACUGCUUCGACGAACGAGCUUUUGUACGACAUGGGCAAUGCAGGAAAUGCUGCCACGAGUCCAGCCUCGGAUAACGAGCUGCUUUACGACAUGGGGCGUGCAGAAGCCCAAUCAAGUGACGCCUUUGGCCUCUACGAUAUGGGUGCCGAAGCCACUGGAACCGACUCCAUGGAGCGCGGCUUUGGCUUUGAAGAAGAGUCACAGAUGGAGUAAUUGUUUACUGUCUGAACCACCGUCAUGGCUCACCCCUGCAGUGCUCACCCCUGCAGUGCUUCGGUCAAAACGCAAGCCACAUGCGUGUGAAAAAUUGAGUGCUUUCUAUGG